GAAACCGAGACUGGCCGAGGCUCAGGAAAGAUGGUGAAACGCAGAGAGACAGAUGUGCGGUUCUAAACGUCCCGAUGUCUAAAUCGCCAGUGAAUAAUCACGCGGACGGCGGCCGAUAUGCGAGCAGGCAAUCGUGCGUAGCCUGCAGGCGGGAUUGAGCGUCACGAGUUGAGAGAUUCGUCGUGAUCCGGGCAUCGCUCGUGGAUCGUGGUAAUUGCGGCACGAAGAUGCUUGUGGAGCAACCAUCAACUGGUAGCUAAUUAAAUUUUAUGACAUGAAAGAAUGAAACGAGAAACUGUCAUUACCAUUGUAGAGCCUGAUCGACGUGCGCAAACGAUGACGACGGUAUUGGAUAGUAGCUAUCAACGUAUACAGCCUUACGAGGGGCAGGAGGAAGACGCGGACGAUGAAGACGAUCAUGAGGAGGCGCCUCAAGAAUCAGGUGUCAUUAUCCAUGUGGUACCGGAGGGUAACAAAGCACGAUGGAAUCACAUCGAAGACUUAGAUUCAUUCUUCACGCGAAUGUAUCACUAUCAUCAGCAGCAUGGCUUCGUCUGUAUGAUGCUCCAAGAAGUUUUGGAAUUACUGCAAUUUUUUUUUGUAGUCACAUUCGUUACCUUUCUCUUUCACUGCAUCGAUUACAGCAAAUUAUAUAGUGGUGGUGGAAAUACUAACGAUACCAAAAGCGAUGCGAUAAUGUGCAUGGGAGAUUGUAUAAAGUCGAUCUCUUCAUUUUAUUGGAGUCUUCUCGUAGUCGCGACAAUUUUCUUUAUCCUCCAAUUCCUUAAAGUUUUGUAUCACCUAACGCAGUUCUGGGAGAUCAAAAUGUUCUUCAAUACAGCGCUCAAAAUCGCCGACAGCGAGCUAGACAAUUUUACGUGGCACGAAGUUCAGAAACGUGUGAUAGAAGUGCAGAAGGAGCAAGAGAUGUGCAUUCACAAAAGAGAACUUACGGAAUUAGAUAUAUAUCAUAGGAUAUUAAGACAUAAAAAUUACAUGGUAGCUAUGAUCAACAAAUCACUCUUACCUGUGCGACUCAAAGUCCCCAUUAUAGGAGAAGUCAUUUUUUUGACACGGGGUUUGAAAUAUAAUAUAGAAUUAUUACUAUUUUGGGGACCAUGGUCACCAUUCGAAAAUAAUUGGCAUCUAAAGGAAGAUUAUAAAAAGUUAAACAAAAGGCAAGAACUCGCACGAUCAUUGUCUAAACAUAUUCUGUGGGUCGGUAUCGCAAAUUUCGUCCUGUGUUUCCUUAUUCUUCUAUGGCAGGUUCUUUAUACGUUUUUCAAUUAUGCUGAAACUAUUAAACGAGAGCCAAGUGUUCUGGCGAUGCGGACGUGGUCUCUAUACGGUCGAUUGUACCUGCGACAUUUCAACGAACUCGAUCACGAAUUGAAUGCGCGUCUCAGUCGCGCGUACCGUCCUGCUUCGAAGUAUAUGAGCAGCUUCACGUCUCCGAUAAUGACAAUAGUCGCAAAGCACAUAGCGUUUAUCACCGGUAGCGUAUUGGCAGUGUUACUGGUUAUAACAUUGAUUUAUGAGCCAACGUUUUCGAUGGAACGCGUAGUUGCCUACAUGACCAUGUUAGGAGGAGUGGCAGCAUGCGCGAAGGCAAUUGUACCCGAUGAGAAUCUAGUUUGGUGUCCCGAGACUCUUCUAACUGCUGUGCUAGCCCACACGCAUUACAGACCGGAUAGUUGGCGAGGGACUGCUCAUACGCAUACCACUAGAGCCCAGGUAGCACAGUUAUUCCAAUAUCGCGCGGUGCAUCUGUUGGAAGAAUUGGUUUCUCCAUUCGUGACAACAUAUAUUUUGUGCUUCCGUAUGCGACACCGAGCCUUAGAGAUUGUAGACUUUUUUCGUAACUUCACGAUUGAAGUGGCUGGAGUCGGUGAUGUGUGUAGCUUCGCUCAGAUGGACGUACGUAGACAUGGCAAUCCCAUGUGGCAGACUGUAGCACACAGUCCCACGGUCUCUCCGCUGCCAGAGGAGAGACUGCAUCAUAGUGCAGGAUACGACAAUCAGUACGGCAUCGAUCCAGACAAGUACCACGUACCGAUGUCGAAUCAUUAUACCCAGGCUGAAGACGGCAAGACCGAAUUAUCCCUCAUACAUUUUACUCUGACGAAUCCCGAGUGGAAGCCACCGUCCCACGCGGAAAAUUUCGUAACUGCUUUGAGAGAAAGAGCUAAGAAGGAAGUAACUGCCGAUCCUGAUCCUUAUAAUAAUCCCCUGAUAGCUAGUUUGAACAGUCUGUCCGGUCUUGGCUACAGAGAUCAUGUAUCGAAUAUUAUUCGAAGUACGAUGAAUCAAGUGAGUGUACCGAGCAUGAGUAACAUUUUCACAAAUCAGCCAGGUACAUCAGCUACAUCGGUUGGCGUCGAUCAGUCGUUUGCCACAAGAUCUACCGUUCUACGUCGAGGUGUGUCCAGGACGGAAGGUCCAUUACACAAUGAUAGAGGAUUCCUGUAUGAUUUGCAACAAGGUAUAUCGAAUCAGUCGCUAGGUGCUUCUGUAUUCGGAUCGGGCCACAGUUAUGUUAUGGAAACGCAUACAGAUCCGUAUGCACCUACAGAAUUAACCGCUGCUGAUAUGUCUUUGUCUACAUUGUACCUGCAUGAGCUUCAUCAUAGACAAGUAAGAAGAAGGGGUUACCAAGAAAUGGCAACGAGAAGUAUAUGGCAGCGAAGUCCCGUUCAAGAGCUAGCAACACUUCCUGAGGUUAGACAAGAAAGAAUACCUCUCCUGUUGCAUCAGGAUUCCUCUUUAAGGAAAAAUAGAGAGUCCUAACACUAGAAAUUUCAUUUAAAUAGCAUCCGAUUCGCGCAAUAAUCAUCAUUUUUAGAAGAAUAAAGUGAUUUUUAUCUGUUUUAUGAUAUAACGAAUCCAUGAUUUAUUUUACAAUAAAUAAGUAGUCGCAAUAUCCGAGAGUGAAAUUGUUUGAACAUUCUCGGUGUUAUAUAGAAGUUAUUAUGUCUUCUAAAUAUUUUACACAGAAUGCAGAGAGAGCAUAUGCUUCUUUCUCUCUUUUUCUCUCUCUUCUUUCUCUGUAUGUGGCCAACGAUCUAAUAAUGCCUAUUCUUAAUAUCAAAGGCCUAUUUAAAAGCUUACGUUUUAUAUGUAAAAUAU